GGCUGUCAGGAGGCAGCUGGGUGGCAGGGACAGGGGGGGAAAUGCCACCUGAGGAAGCCAUGUAAGAUCUCUGGCUUUUCAACACGCACUUCCACAUUUUAUUGGCAAUUCGCUCUAAUAAAUCCGCAACACAAAAAAAUGAGUUGUUUCCGGAACGAUGCUUGAUUUAGAAUAACAAGUACUCAAAUGGAGAUCGCAACAGAAGAAACCCAAUAAAGUUCAUCUCUCAGCUGCAUGUCAGGUGAAAUCCACGUCAGGAACUUCGGACAGGUAAAAGGAAACGGAAAACCCAGAACCGUCUUUCAGUUCUCAAUUUGCGCUUCGGGAUGAGUGGAGGUCGCUUCGAGUUUGAUGAUGGCGGGGCUUACUGCGGAGGCUGGGAGGGGGGCAAAGCCCACGGCCACGGCAUCUGCACCGGACCCAAAGGCCAGGGCGAGUACUCGGGCUCCUGGAACUACGGCUUCGAGGUGGUCGGGGUCUACACCUGGCCCAGCGGGAACACCUACGAAGGCUACUGGUCGCAGGGUAAGCGCCACGGACUGGGAGUGGAAACCAAAGGACACUGGAUUUACCGAGGGGAAUGGACUCACGGCUUCAAAGGGAGGUACGGGGUCCGGGUCAGCGUGGGCAGCGGAGCCAAGUACGAAGGAACCUGGAACAACGGCCUUCAGGAUGGAUACGGGACGGAAACAUACGCAGAUGGAGGUACCUACCAGGGUCAGUUCACUGGUGGGAUGCGCCAUGGCUACGGUGUUCGGCAAAGCGUACCCUAUGGCAUGGCAGCAGUCGUGCGUUCCCCUCUUCGUACUUCAUUAACUUCACUUCGCAGUGAGCACAGCAACGGCACCGUUCUACAGCAGGAUGUCCCGGUCAUCACCACCACCAAUGCUUCGGGAGAAGAGACGCCUGUCGCCACCCCUACCCAGCUGGGACCAUCCCGCGGAGGCUUUGCUCUCACCCUCCAGGUGGAUCCGGAGGCUGUGAAGCCCAAGAAGAAGGGCCUGUUCCGAAGAGGCUCCCUGCUGGGUAAGCUGAAGAAAUCCGAGUCAAGCACAUCGCUGUCCAGCCAGAAGAGCAAGAUCAGCUUCCUGAGGACAGAGUCCGCUCUGAGUUCCAACGCCAGCGACACAAACUCCACCAUCAGUGGGGAUGAGAGCCUGGCCGGAGCGGAGGAUUUCCCCCCGGUGGAGGCUGACAUUGACGCCACCACCACAGAGGUUUACAUGGGCGAGUGGAAGAACGACAAGCGCUCAGGAUACGGGAUAAGCGAGAGAUCCAGCGGCCUGAAGUACGAGGGCGAGUGGCUCAACAACCAGAGACACGGGUAUGGCUGCACCACGUUUGCCGAGGGAGGGAAGGAGGAGGGCAAGUACAUGAACAACAUGCUGGUGAAGGCCAUGAAGAAGAGGGUGAUCCAGCUCAAGGGAACCAAGAUCAAGCAGAAGGUGGAGCGGGCGGUUGAGGGAGCGCAGAGGGCGGCAGCCAUCGCCAAACAGAAAGCAGAGAUCGCUGCUUCUAGGACAUCCCAUGCAAAGGGCAAGUCAGACGGCGCUGAACAGGCCGCCCAGGCCUCCAACAGUGAGUCCAGCAUUGCCAGACUGGUUGCCAAAGAGCUGUCGCCUUCUUUCUAUCAGCCAGGCCCUGAGUAUCUAAAGAAAAGGGUUUUGCUGGAGGCUGUGGAAGACCAGGAGAACCCUGACACUGAAAUACAUGAGCCCCUGCUAGCAGAAGAGGAGCCUCUGCUAGCUGAUGAAGAGCCCCUGCCCACACCACCAGAGAGCCCGAUUCUGAAUGAACUGGCCAGCCUCAUGCCUGGCUCGUCCCCGGCCCGAACUCCCUCCCCGAGUCCGGCCAUAAUCAACAAGGAGGAUCCCAAACUCCUUGGUCCAAAAGGCCGGAAUGAAGAUAAAUCCAUGAAAGGAAGUUCCACUAAGGGUAGCCUUAAACCCAGCAGUGCACCAGGUAGUCGUGCCACCACUCCUUCAGUGUCAGCUGCUGCACCUGCCUCGGCUGCACCUGAGGAGGGAGCGGCUUCCAGCAGUCGUCAACCAUCACGCUCCCCGAGUCGUCUGAGUAACAAGAUCGAGCAGGGCUCUGACUUGGAAAUUAAACCACUUCAGAAAUUUGACUCUGAGGUAAAACCUGCAGAUGUCCCUCCAGUCACUGACGCUCCAGAAAUGAAUAGCCUCAUCUCUCCAGAUGAAGAAGAAGAAGAAGCUCCUCUUCCAUCUGCCAGUGUGCCUCCCAAAGCUGUGACCCCUGAACCCAAAGCCCCUGAAGUAAAAACCGAAAGAGCUCCGUCUGUCCACGAGCGGCCGCCGUCCACCUCUGAGAAGAAAAGGCCAUCCAGGGAGGGAAGCAGGCCUGGCAGCAGAGCAGAGACAAGACCAUUACCAAAACGGCAACAGAGUCCAGCUCCGCCUCCAAAACGACAACCAAGUCCUGCUCCCUCUCCAAAACGGCAACAGAGUCCAGCUCCGCCUCCAAAGCGACAACCAAGUCCUGCUCCCUCUCCAAAACGACAACUGAGUCCAUCUCCGUCUCCAAAACGACAACCGAGUCCGUCUCCGUCUCCAAAACGACAACCGAGUCCUGCUCCACCUCCAAAAGCUGCUGCUAAUCAUGAACCUAAAACAGUUUCAAAGCCGGCGGAACCCAAAGCCAUAAUUGCCAAGCCACUCGUAAAAAGCCUGAUGACGAGAAAAAUGGCAGAGUCUUCAGAUCUGGAGGGCCCAAACACCAUCAUGGUGUGUAUGGUGAUCCUGCUAAACAUCGGCCUGGCCAUACUCUUCGUUCACAUUUUGUCAUGAGACGUUUUCCACCAUAUCAGGUCGCAGGUGGUGUUGGACUGUGAUGGCGCUGCUCCUCCACCUCAUGGACCAGAGAUCAGAGACACCACUGGCGGCUGGCAGGAGCCUCCUGGAGUCGUCUUCGUCGGUUCUGUGAAGCUCUUCUUCUGCAGAGCUUUGGGGAAAACUGAAGGACAAUGAAGAGCGGAAACGUCUGAAUAUGACUGUUCUGUUAAAGUUGGUGGUUAGAUGGUAGAGCAAGUCUUGGAGCUGUGUGGGCCUCCAGAAUUCAACUUUGUCACAGAGUGUCACAAGGUUUGCUGUCAUUUUGCAAUAUGGGUUGUCCUACUGCUAAUUUGCCUUACACCGAGUGGUCCUCACAACACUGAAUCAGUAGAUCACACGCUGCCUCGACAUGAAGUAAUGUUGAAAACUCAUCCAGACUGAACUUUCACUCCAGUUUGCCUUGAAUUUGCUCGAACACAGCAGCGUCCCUGUGAAGAAAAACUGCGUUUUUCGACGCCUGCAGCGGGUUAAGCGCUGUGUGUUUGUGUCGGUCAUCUAACACAUAUGUUCUCUUUUUACAGGGGUUUACUGUAUGUGUGAGUUUUUAUUCUGCUGCUUUUUUGUGUAGAAAGAAGAUAAAAAGAGAUUAAGAAAGGAAAAAAUAGAAGAAAUAAGGAUAUUUGAGAGUCCCUGCUGACAUUUUUGUCCUGUUUGUUCCUGUGGAGCCAUGCACUGCUAAUUAGCUAAGGGGAAUGAUGUCUUCAUUCAGAUUUGUCCAAAGCAAUCACUGUAUAUUUUAAGAAAGAUGCUGAAUCUGUGGAUUGUUAUUCCUGCAGCAGGAGGAGUUUUAAAGUGAUCGCUAUGUCUCUUGAGAUCCUAACUCUGUGUUUCAUUCAGCUUUAGAGCCAAAUGUUUGUAUGCAGGAGGUGAUUUUCUGUACUUUUGUACAUUUUUUGGGAAUGCGCCUUUUCAUCUUAUACAGAAUUCUGCUGUUACCUUUUAUUUAUAGCUAAAAUAAUUAAGCCACACCAAAUCCUAAAUUAAUUUACCUCACUGUAGUUAGAUUAAAAAACCAGAAUGAUUCUUAACUCCAUGUCUUACGGUGAAAAGACUUAUUUUCUCUUUCUUUGUGUGGGGGGUCGGGGCCUUACAGAGAAGAAGUAUCUGAAGCUGAUCUGCCUUUAAGUUUGAUGGUGUUGUUGUUGAUGAAGGAAAAAGCCUAAAAGUAUUUGCAUUAAAAUAAAGAAAAAAAAAUCUCC